AUGCCCUCGGAGCGCGAAGUGACCGAGGAGAGCGCAGAUGAUGCGGCUCUGUACACCAACCGCUGCCGAGCCCGGCUGCGUCUCGAGGAGAUCGAGGGGGCGAGGUCAGCCGUCGCGAAAUCGAUCGCCCGCCUCUCCCUCGAUCUUUUCCUGUCCGGAGACACGGAGGCCUUUCGUUACGGGGACGUCAUCGAGGUGCGGGACGCGGGCGAUGAUGCCUGGUUGGGCGGGCCAGCACCGCACAACCCAGCGCUCGACGGGCCCGACGGCGCCGGCGGCUUCAAACAGCUCUGCGACGGCAGCGCCGAGAAACCGGCCGGCGUGGCGGACUUCGCCUGGCGCAAGAAGCUAUCGUUCCGGACGCUGGCCGAAGCAGUCGCUGCAGCUGACGACGGCGACCGGAUCGUUCUCCUGCCCGGCACGCACAACGGAUGCGGCAAGACGGUCGAGGUCGACAAGCUCGUCCACAUCGCGGGAAGCGCGGACGGCGGCGCGACGGUCUACGACCACCGCGCCAACUGCCCUGCGCUCCACAUCACCCACGAUUGUGUACUGUCCAACUUGACCGUUGACAUGACCGGCUUCCGCGAGGGGGUUCUAGUCGAGAACCGCUGCAGGGUAGCGAUCGAUAGGUGCGUCUUUCGCUGCGCGAACGACGCCUGCGUGGACGUCGGCGGGCACGCGCACGUGCAGCUUGGGGCUUGCGACUUGUGCGGGAGGGUGGGGCUGCGCGCCUUCGGGGACGCGAAGGUCGCCGUCCGCCGCUGCGUGUUCGAAAAGAACCGGAGCCAGGGCCUGUGGGUCGGCGAGGACGCGACCGUCUCGGUCGACGACUCUGUGCUGAAUGACAACGGCGAGGAGGGCGUUGCUGUGCUGGGGAGCGCCACGGUGACCAUCUCGCGAUCCUGCAUCGGCGACAAUGGGGCUCCGUGCGUGGACGCGAGCGGCGCGGCCAAGGUGCAGCUGAGCGACACCCAGCUCGGCGGGUCGAAGGCGACGUGCGCGUGCGCUGCGUGGGAGCGUGCCGCCGUCACGGCGUCGCGAUGCGUGCUCGAGGGGGGCAAGAGCGCGGGACUCCUGGUUCACGGCGACGACGUGAGGAUGUCGGUCACGGACUCGCGCAUCCAGGGCGGCAUCGAGGCCCCAGAGGCUGUGCGCUCCUCGCUUCUCGACGACAGGGCAAGAAACGACCUCCUCGGAAACAGCCGCGCCGCUCGGCUGCCGCCGGACCUGGGGCCGUUCGCCGAGCCAGUGGGCGCGGUCUGA